UCUUAAGCAAUAAUAUUUUUAUAGAAGGGUGGUGUGAUAACGGGCUUCAUUUUGAGGGUUGGACCACUCUUACCAAAAUCGUUUAAAUUUGACGGCAAAAAAAAAAAAAAAAUACCUUUUUUUAUAACGAACAACUUUAUUCAAAUAAUCUGUUUUGCCAAAUGAUAGUGUAGUCAGAUGACAUUAUAGAACGCCAAAGUAUUUGCUUCUAAAGAAAUUACAUUUUGAUUACAUUUAUUUAAGUAACACAUCUGUUUAUUAUAUAUACAAUCAAGUCCUUUUUUAACUUUUGGCAUUUUAAUGAGUAGAAAAUUCUAACAACAUUGAUGGUUGGGAGUUUCAGAAGUGGGUACUGCAGGCCUACUCUUUGCUCAGCUAAAGAUAAGUAUAACACCAACGAUGAUUAAUGGAGAAGAUUUAUUAUGUGACCAACCAGUUUUAAAUAACUUUUCUUUUACCACUAACAUGACGGUUAAUAGAAUUAUUGAAUACAACACUAAACUUGUUAUUAAUGAUUUUACACAUAAGUAUGACAAAAUUGAUAUUACUUACGAUAACAAUAUGUACGAGGAAAAAAAAGUUGAUGAAAGCGAUGACGAUUUAUACGCAACAAUACCUUUCACAUUUAAAGCUCAUUCAACAAAUUGUUUAAUAGACCAAAGCACUCAAUCAUUAAGUAGCCGACUUAAAAAAGCAUUUAGUUUUAAUGGCGACAGAGACGAUGUGGCGCCAAAAAUUCCACCACCACGUAAAGCAAGCGACCAACCCAUUAAAAACAGGGUAUCAAUUCCGGAAGUUAAACCUAACGCACAUAAAGAAAAUGGCUACACAGUUAAAGGUACUUUGAGCAAUUUAAAACGCAGUUGUUCAAAGUUGCUAAUAUUGGGUACAUCUAAUAACAAAACCAAGUCUAAUGAUCAGACUCGUUUGUCUAGUAAAAAUACAACAAAAAAUGAUAAUGAGACUGUUAACAAACUGUUUCCUGAGAAAUUCUUAAAAAAAAUAGAGACCAAAAGUUCAAUAAAAACCCGUAGAAUAAGCCAAGCAUCAUUGAGAAAAUCUAAUAGUAACAACAAACAAAGGAACUCUUAUAGUAACAACAAACAAAGGAACUCUCAUAGUUCCAGUGUUAAAAAAAGCACUUCAAAUUGUUCAAGUUUUUUAAACCAAAAAAAAUAUAAUACUAGGUGUAAAAGCUUGAAGACCAAAAAUAAAUACCGCGCAAGCAUUUCAUUAAAACUUACUAAAAGGAGUUAUCAAAUCCUCACAUCGCAUUCCGACCUAUCAACAGAUAAUAGCGUUAUGAGCUUAAACUAUUGUCAAACAGAGAGCGAAUAUAGAGAACGCAGUAUAAACCACCAGUUAAAAGAAAAAUUCAAAAAAAAUGUUUUACCAAUCAAUAAUGAUAAAGAAACCACUACAUUAAAUAAAAAGACAACAGCUGAAGAGAAAUGUUGCGAUGUACAAUUUUCACAAAAUCCAUCAAAUAUUUAUUUAAAACCUAUUUACUGCGAACUAUUGAGUUCAACUAAUGACCCUAACUUUGCUAGAAAUAUAGAAGGUAAAAAAACGCUUCUUCAAAUGGCAAUAGAUUCAAAUUUGUAUAAACAAGAGGAAAUCAAGCUUAAAACUAUUGCAUUUGAUAUUCACCAGCCUUUGCCAACCAUACCCAUAAUAUAAACCAUGCAUUUAAUUACAGUCCUGCAUACAGAGUUUGUUUAAUUAAUGAAGUCGAAAAAAAAAAACAAUUUAAAAAUUUAAAAAUAUAUAGACUGUUUCCUAUGUAAAAACAUACAAAAAUAAGUCUGUUUUAUUAAUAAUUUUUUAAAUAUUAACGUAGAUUUUAUUAACAUC